CGCAGUUACGCCUUUGCAGAUGGCCCUAUCCAGACACCAUACACAACUGAACAUUGACAUUGUCAAUAAUCACUUACAAGAUUUGGAUCCUCUUUUUUUGAAACGUGCGUUUUUACAGCAAUUGGAAAAUUAAUUUUAUACAAGUGAUUUGUUAAAGAAAACGAUCAUAGGUUUUGCAAUCGUAGAUUUUAACAUUUUGUGGUUCAUACGAUUCGACUAAUCCAAGUGAUAUUUGAUUUAAGGAGAGCUUUUGUAAAGUAUCGAUAGAAACAUGGAAACUUUAAAGGGCUUUGUGAGCACGUAUCCUAAAGAGAUCUGUGUUACGGCUGUUGUGGGUGUGGUUCUGGUUACUCUCAUCAGGAGGAACAGGAAGCGAAUUAAGAAGGUUUACCCGCCGAAUACGAUUGUCCACCACCAGAUCGGUAGAGGCCCUUACGCACCCAGCAACUCGCCAUUUUCCUUGAAGCUAGAAACUUAUCUGAGGAUGGCAAAAGUCCCCUUUUUGAAUGUCCACGAUGGUUUAUCGAACAGAAGUAAUAAAGGAAAAUUUACCUGGAUAGAAAUUAACGGAGAGGAGAUAUCGGACUCUGAAUUCUGUAUACAGUACGUCAAUAGGAAAUUUAAUGUGGACCCGGACAAAGGCUUCUCUGACGAGGACCGUGCGGCGGCUCUAGCCAUACAGAGAAUGGUGGAUGAACAUUUGUACUGGACAGUAGCUCUACAGCGCUGGGUGUACGAUGCUAUAGAUGGAAUAAACAUCAGUGAAAUGUUGAACAUACCACCGACUGCCCUUUCCUUAAUACGUUAUGUGACUGAAAAACAAAGCUACCACCAAGGAAUGGGCCGGCACACCAAGGAGGAGAUGCACCACGUCAUGAAUGAGGAUCUAAAGGCUCUGUCCAAGUUUAUAGGAAGUAAGAAGUUUUUGCUGGGCGACAGGGUAUGUCAAGCGGACGCUGCUGUGUUUGGGAUGCUGGCUCAGCUGUACUGGCACGGGUUUGGGGGUCAUGGAGAAAAAACCAUCCAAAAAUAUCCUAAUUUGUGUGGCUACUGUGAUCGCAUGAAGGUAGAAUUCUGGCCAGACUGGGACGACUGCAUCACGCAUGGAUGGACGAAGAAAGCAACAAAUUGAAGUCACAGUGUGAUAUGGCUAGACCUACGCAGUUUAUAGUAUUUCUAAAUAUACACAGUGUAAACCAUUACAAUAUCUACACAUUAUAUAGCAUUACUAAACCUAAACAAUAUAUAACAUUACUAAAUCUACACAGUGUAUAACAUUACUAAACCUAAACAAUAUAUAACAUUACUAAACCUACACAGUAUAUAGCAUUACUAAACCUAAAAAGUGUAUAUAACAUUACUAAACCUACACAGUAUAUAACAUUACUAAACGUACACAGUGUACAACGUUACUAAACCUACACAGUGUAGAACAUUACUAAACCUACACAGUAUACAACAUUACUAAACCUACAAAGUAUAUAACAUUACUAAACCUACACAGUGUAUAUAACAUUACUAGACCUACACAGUGUAGAACAUUACUAAACCUACACGAUGUGUAACAUUACUAAAUCUAAACAGUGUAUACAACAUUACUAGACCUACACAGGGUACAACAUUACUAAACCUACACAGUGUAUACCAUUACUAGACCUACACAGUGUAUAACAUUACUAAACCUACACAGUGUAUAACAUUGCUAAACCUACACAGUGUAGAACAUUACUAAACCUACACAGUAUAUAACAUUACUAAACCUACACAGUGUAGAACAAUUCUAAACCUACACAGUAUAUACCAUUAUUAAACCUACACACUGUAUAACAUUACUAAACCUACACAGUGUAGAACAUUACUAAACCUACACAGUGUAUAUAACAUUACUAAACCUACACAGUGUAGAACAUUACUAAACCUACACAGUGUACAACAUUACUAAACCUACACAGUGUAUAACAUUAAUAAACCUACACAGUGUAUAACAAUGCUAAACCUACACAGUGUAUAACAAUGCUAAACCUACACAAUGUAGAACAUUACUAAAUCUACACAGUGUAUAACAUUACUAAACCUACACAGUGUACAUUACUAAACCUACACAGUGUACAACAUUACUAAACCUACACAGUGUAUAACAUUACUAAACCUACACAGUGUAGAACAAUGCUAAACCUACACAGUGUAGAACAUUACUAAAUCUACACAGUGUACAACAUUACUAAACCUACACAGUGUAUAAUAUUAAUAAACCUACACAGUGUAGAACAAUGCUAAACCUACACAGUGUAGAACAUUACUAAAUCUACACAGUGUAGAACAUUACUAAAUCUACACAGUGUAUAACAUUACUAAACCUACACAGUCCUAACUAGUUAGUUUUAACUCCAUACUAGUAGAUUACUUUUUAUUCCUUAAGUUACUAAUUAAACCAACAAUUGCAAGUUACCGUGCUUCAAAAAUAUAUUUCUACUAUUUCCAGUUUGUACUGAACAUAUUUCAAGUAGAAAGUUCUAUUUUUCACUAUACAUCAAUGCCCGAAAAAAAAUGUUCACCCAUCUCUUUUAUUGAUUCCAUACACUGCGCUGAAGAUUUAAAACACGACUUGCAAUGCAGAAUAUAUAAUGUACAAAGUUAUACAUACAUGUAUGUUUGCCCAGUGUUUGAAACAUGUCAUAUAUACAGUGUAUGUGUGUCUGUGUCCGAUUUUUCCAAGCUAUGGAAAUGUAUUUGUUUAAUACAAUGUAUUGAAAUUAAUAAAUAUCUUAAAUGAU